GCGAAUUAUUCUUGCCACUGUUUUUACUGUGUUCUUGCUUUCUCUCCAUAUAUUAAAGCCCACCGAAACUCUCGCUUUGCAGAAAGUAAAGCAACAUAUUGCCUAAUUCCAAUUUGAACGCACCAAAGAACUUUGCUUUUUGUCAAGGCUAAACUAAGAUGGCUGAGGGAGAGGAUAUUCAACCCCUUGUUGUUGACAAUGGAACUGGAAUGGUCAAGGCUGGAUUUGCUGGUGAUGAUGCUCCGAGGGCAGUUUUCCCUAGUAUUGUCGGACGCCCAAGGCACACUGGUGUGAUGGUUGGUAUGGGGCAGAAAGAUGCCUAUGUUGGGGAUGAAGCCCAGUCUAAAAGAGGUAUCCUGACCUUGAAAUACCCUAUCGAGCAUGGUAUAGUCAGCAAUUGGGAUGACAUGGAGAAGAUUUGGCAUCAUACUUUCUAUAAUGAGCUCCGUGUUGCUCCAGAAGAACAUCCUGUUCUUCUCACAGAGGCACCUUUGAACCCCAAGGCAAACAGAGAGAAAAUGACCCAGAUUAUGUUUGAAACAUUCAAUGUGCCAGCCAUGUAUGUAGCUAUUCAAGCUGUCCUUUCUCUCUAUGCUAGUGGUCGUACAACUGGUAUUGUUCUUGAUUCUGGUGAUGGUGUCAGCCACACUGUCCCAAUUUAUGAGGGAUAUGCACUUCCACAUGCCAUUUUGCGUUUGGAUCUUGCCGGUCGUGAUCUCACUGAUUAUCUCAUGAAGAUCCUCACAGAAAGAGGUUACAUGUUCACCACAACUGCAGAACGGGAAAUUGUCCGCGAUGUAAAGGAGAAACUUGCUUACGUUGCUUUAGAUUUCGAACAGGAAUCGGAGACGGCAAAGAACAGUUCUUCCAUUGAAAAGAGUUACGAACUACCUGAUGGACAGGUGAUAACCAUAGGUGCUGAGAGGUUCCGUUGUCCUGAGGUCCUGUUCCAGCCCUCUUUCAUUGGAAUGGAAGCUGCUGGAAUUCAUGAAACAACCUAUAAUUCUAUCAUGAAGUGUGACGUCGAUAUCAGGAAGGAUCUCUAUGGAAACAUUGUGCUCAGUGGUGGCUCAACUAUGUUCCCAGGUAUUGCAGAUCGUAUGAGCAAGGAAAUUACAGCUCUGGCACCGAGCAGCAUGAAGAUCAAGGUGGUUGCGCCACCUGAAAGGAAGUACAGUGUCUGGAUUGGAGGCUCCAUCUUAGCAUCCUUGAGUACUUUCCAGCAGAUGUGGAUUUCAAAGGCCGAGUAUGACGAGUCUGGUCCCGCAAUAGUUCAUAGGAAGUGCUUCUAGGUUGUUGGCGCUUAUCUCGUGGUUAGUGCUGCUUUUCUACUUUGUGGGCAUUCAUUCAUCACAUUAUUUAGCUACAGAAUGCUGAAGUAUUUAUCCUAGUGAAAGAAAUAUAUAUACUUCUGUUGAUCUGUGUCUAAUUGUUGUUUCACUUUCUUGAUGCUACCCCUUCCCACCUUCUAAAUAAAAGUUAUGUCCUUGGGGACGAAGCUUGUUAGGUUAUAGACGAUUGUGGUUUGCAUGAAAAAAAUGGUUGAAUAUCUGACGGACUCAUCUACUUUUGUAUACUUUGUAUUUCAGGCUAGGUCGUGUGCCGAAUCAUAUAUAUAUAUAUAUAUAUAUAUAUAUAUAUAUAUAUAUAUAUUUUAUGUACGAAGCAAAGAUGAUAUUGGUAGCUUGGAUUGGCUUGAAGUUUUGAAGAUCUUUUACUUUAUUAGAUUGUAUCUAUACAUAGAACAGGGUUUUGAUAUGAGUUUGUGGGAAAUCACAUUCUUUUUUCAUUUUAUUAGCUCUGGGGUGUCCUUUUUCCUCUGAUUUUUUUUUUUUUUUUUUUGUGAGGCUUUGGAAUGUAAUGUUACAUUAGCUUUGAAUCUUGGCAUUGCACUCAUGGUGAUUUGGUGAGUGGUUUAGUCAUAGAGACCCUUUUUUUUUUUUUUGGUCUCUUUUGAGGAAUAUGUUAUUGUUCUUUUCGUGAUUUGGCCAACCCUUUCCGUCACGGAGACAAGUAGGUUGGACAUUCUACUAUGUCAUCUUUCCUUUCAAAUUUCUUCUUCCUCAAGUCAUCAUGACAUCUCUUUCAUCCAUGUAAUCUUUUCCAGUAGAGCAAUAAAUUUAAAAACAAAUUAAAGGAAAAUGAGACGAAGAACAAAAAUGUGCAUACUAUUUAUUGGACAUGAUUAAUG